AUGACUGUGUAUAAAUGUGUGCUUCUUAUUCUAUCACUUGAUCAGAGUGAACGAUGUCAAUUGACUCCGUUCUUGCUUGUGAAAUGUUGCCCAGUGGACAUUCAAAUAGGAUCAAGCAUCGAUAAAAUGAUGGUCGCGGUGGAGAUUUGGCCCGAUCUCAAAGUUUUCCAGACCAGAGAUCGUGUGGUGCCUGGUGUCAAGGUUCACCGUUCAGCUGUGGUGGUUUUUCGGGAUUAUAUGAAGAGGAAUCACGAUAAGCUGCGGAAAGGUCCGGCGGAUGACCACGCCACAGAGGAGAUUUCCACGCUGACAGGACCGGCCCCGGCGCCUAAGAUGGGCAUAAAGCAACGAACAGGGGGGAAGUAUCCGCCUUGCCAAUGCAAACCGGUUGGGUGUCGAUGA